CGUCCGACGAUCGAUCAACAUGUACAAACUGCUCGUGUUCGCCGCUAUGCUGGCCCUGGCCGUGGCUGCUCCUGGAGCCCUCGUAGGUGCACCGGUGAUCUCUUCGUACAAUGCACCUGUCGUCUCUGCAUAUGGCAGCCCUCUUGCUUACAAUGCAUACAGUGCCUACUCUACACCCCUGACCUACCCCUACGGAUAUGCACUGCCAUAUGCCUACAAAUCUGGCUACUACAUCUGAAAACACCCUGAAGAGGACCCUCGACCCUGGACCACCUCACCCCAAGGAGACUGACUCAUCCU